AUGAACGCCAUUGUCCAAAAAUCUUUCGAUAAUCUCGAAACUUCGCUGGCAACUCUCAUAGAAUCAGUUGCAUCCUACAAUCCCUCCCCAGCUGCUGCACGCGCUGUAAUUGCAGCGGACGACGGCCUGGUAGAGAGCCUUGAUCAGCGUCCGUACCUAACGCCAUUCCACCAGGAUGAAGACAAAACUAACAGGACGGGGAGGCAGUCGGCGAGCACCAGCAUGGCUACCAAAAGAUUCUAGCCCUUCGCGAGGUGUCUGAAGCACUGGAUAAGCAGUUGACGGAAUUGCUUGAGGGGUUAUCCGAGGCCAGGAAGGAGCUAUCGAAUGUUCCUGGGACGGUGUUUGAGGAAUCGCAUGGUGCUGUCAACCCCCCCCUCGCUUCGUCGCCAUACUGACCGAGCUCCCCUCCCUGAUAUUAUUAGAGGUCCCAUAUGACGAGCUCCUAACCUACGCUCGCAAAAUCUCUAAAUAUACCCGCCCCCCGCAAUCGUCAAAGUUCACACAAGCCGACGCUAGCGGUAGCGGCCGUGAUAAGCCAGAGCAGAAUGACGGCGAGGCCUCCCAGCAAUCGCAGAGAUCGCUCCCGCUGGGACUUUCGGAAGAGGACGUUUCGGCGCUUGACCCAUCGUCGCAGCUGCAGUUCACGCCGUGGCCGAGCGAGGAGGUGAUGAAGCGUGGGGCGCUCUCGCAGAUGGGGUAUGAGGAGGAACUGAAAGCCAAAGGGUUACCGUUGCCGGUUAUGGCUCCUGUUGCGAAUGGCCAGAGGCAAGGGGAUAAUCGGGGCCCAGUGGAGAGUUCGAUGGAGACCACCGUAGUGGCGCCAGUGCAGGUUGCUGCUGCGCAGAACCACCGGCCGGCUCAGAAGGUGGAAUUGGAUUUGUUUAACCCUGAUGAUGAAUGA